AUGUUUCAUAAUCUUGUCCCUUCACUGAACUACAAUGAUAUGGAAAAUCUCCCAUUGUUGGCCAUACAAGUGACAAAAUUCAAAGAUGAGAACAUUGCUCUCGGCAUAGCCAUCUCACAUAUAAUUGCUGAUGGACAGAGUGCAUUCCACUUCAUUAUGGAAUGGGCUCGCUUAGCGAGUGGCAACACCAUUUUCACUAAGCCCUUCCUAGACAGGAGAGUUCUACGAGGUGAUACAAGGGUUCCAAGAAGUGGUGGAGAAAGAAUAGAUGUGAAUUCGCACGCUGCAAAUCCUCAUUUACCAUUACCAAUAGUGAUCGGGAAAACAAGUGCAAAAAUCCAACAAGAGAAGAAAACUUCGAUAGAUUUGCUAAAACUAUCGACAAAAGAAAUUGAGUUUUUGAAGAGUCUCGCCAGUGAUGGCACAGUUCCCGCCAUGAAACGGCCCUACAGCACAUUUGAGGUGAUUUCGGCACACCUGUGGCGAUGUGCAUGCAGGGCCAGACUACUCAUCCAUGAACAGCCUACAGUGUUGUCAUUUCCAAUUAAUUUUCGCAAACUUAUUCAACCACCAUUGCCUGUUGGAUAUUUUGGUAAUGCAAUGCUUUAUAUCCGAUCUGUGGAUUCGUCAGGCAACUUGUUAACAGAUUUUGGCUGGGGGAAAUCAUUAGCCAUGGUUGAAGUAUCUCACAAUGGGGAUGGGGAUUUUGUUCUUUGUGGUGACCGUCACAGUGAAGUAGUGGUUAGUGUGUGUUUCCAAGAGGAAUAUAUCAAGAGUUUCAAAUAUUACUUUUACGAGAUAUUUGGAGAUAUGAAUAAGGAGGAUUGA